CUGAUCGAUCAAAAAUCAAAUUCCAAUUUACCCGCGCAGCGCAGGGCACAAAUGCAGGCCUUCCACACAGUUCACUCUUCCCACCACGGACUUGCUUUCUUCACCGCCACCGCAACCGCAACCUGCAAGGAACAGUUUCUUUGCCGCAAGUUAUCACGUGCUUUCCUGCGCUCUUGUCCUUCUCGCCGCCUUGUGACGGGGUUUGAAUCUGUAACGGCACCUACCGGGAUUGAUUGUGUUGUGCACGCAGAGGAAGGGGGCUCUCUUUUUGGCGAGGAUGUCGAGAAUUUCGAGGAUUCGUCUGAAAGUAGUGAUGAUGAGGGGGAGUUUCUGGACCCGGAGCUUUGGAAGAAUGUGGUGAUGCUCAGUUGUGAUUCAACUGUGGAUGGCGGCGUCUGUUAUGUUUAUUUGGUUGGAACGUCUCAUCUUUCGAAGGAAUCUUGCCAAGAAGUUGAAGCUGUGAUUGAUUUCUUGAAACCAGAGGUUGUUUUCUUGGAGUUAUGCCCGGCUCGUACAUCUCUUUUUAAGGUUCGCACUUUGAAGGUUCCAACAAUUGGAGAAAUGGUGCAGAUGUGGAAGAAAAACAGGAAUCUUUUUGCCAUUAUUUACAACUUUUUUGCUCUUGAGCUUGCUACGAAACUGGAAGUUCAACCUGGGGAUGAGUUUCACGUGGCAUAUGAAGAAGCAAAAAAGUAUGGCGGCAGGGUUGUCCUUGGUGAUCGACCUGUUCAGAUCACAUUACAGAGAACAUGGAUGAAGAUGCCUCUUAGGCACAAGAUAAAAUUGCUUUCCACCUUUAUGUUAUCAUUUUUCUCGCCAAGUUCUGAAGUGAUCAAUAAGAAGCUAAAGGAAAUGGAUGAUGGUCACAUGCCAACUAUUCAAGAAGUAAGCAAGGAGUUUCCAACUAUUAUGGAAACUAUUAUCCACGAGCGCGACAAAUAUAUGUCAAUCAAUUUACUUAGAAUUGCUCGUGAGCAAAAUUCGGUGGUAGCAGUUGUCGGGAAGGGCCACCUACAUGGAAUUCAGGAGAACUGGGAACAGGAUAUUGAAGUGAGGCAACUUCUUACCAUCCCGACUCGAAGCAGCAAGAUUCCGGUGGGUAAAAUACUGAUUGCUGUUGGAGUUACAGUUGGAGUGUUUGCCAUCAUAACUGGCCUCAUCAAGAAACUUAACUCUAUCAAGUUGUGAAUUUUCCCUGGAAGUAGAUCCUCGGGAGCCAAUUGUACAGAUCAAGAACAAGAUCCAACAGUUUCUCGGCAUCCCGGCGGAGGCGCAAAUCCUGAGCGUCUGUGAC